UAUAGCAAGGCUUGAAAGUUUGCUUUACAGGGGAAACCACCUGGGCAUUGUGCUAGCUCCAAACCCACACACCGUGAAGGAAGACCUCUACUCUUUUGAAGAUAUGCAUUUCCCUGACUCAGGAAUCAUGAGCAAGGAAGCCAACAGGAAAACAGUAGAAUAUCACCCAGCAGAUUCAAACAGCAGGAAAACAGCUUUGCCAAAAAAUAAAUCUUGCCCAAACAUACGUGAAGUAAUGAAUCAGAAUAUACGUCUGAAAGAAAACAGAACUAUUCCUGCUAACACCUAUCAUUCUAGCAAGUACUUUACAAUGAAGGGCAAGAGUGACUUACAGUUUUCCUCCAAGUUAUCUGAGGAGGAAGAUGAGUACGAGACUGUAAGUUCUUCCAUGCUGGAGGCCAUUCAUUCUUUGAGAAUCCUUCCUGCCAAACCUCUACAAGAAUCUGAAUAUGCAGAUAAACGUUGCUUAAGGCCUUCAGGUACCACUUCCCCAACAAGCGAGAACCCAUCUCAGCCCCUUCAACACUCAACUAUUCACACAUUUGAUCCAGAGGGGAGAAGAGUGCCAAAUGUAAGAGGAGGAGGAAUGAAAAUACAUGGAUACCAGGAGCCUACGCCUCCCCCACGGCCUCUGAAGAUGCUGCCAAAGCAGUAUCAGCCCCUUCCUCCAGAGCCAAGAAUAAGCAGCCAGGUCUUUCACAAGAGGAACAUGCUCAGCCAAGAUCCCACCUUUCCAAUAUCAGCAAAAGUCACAAGACACUCAUCUGUUAAGGAAUCAAAUGAAGCACCUGGAAGAGAGCAAGUUAAAAGUUUGAGGAAGAAACCUGAGGUAUCUUUUCAAGCACAACAGCAUCCUCCUGAAGCCAGCCCUCUAUCUACGUGGAGCUCUAAAAACAUUUGCAGCUCAGGUUCCACAUCAAGUGUAGAUAAUUUGACAGUAAAGAAGCCACCACCUCCGACACCAUAUGCAGCAUGCAAAAAUAAAUCAAAACAUUUGCUUGCAGAACAGGAAAUGCAAUCUCUUACCCAACCCACUGAAAAGGAUUUAAACAAAUGUGAAUGGUACAUUGGAGAAUAUGAUCGCCAUAAAGCAGAGAAGAUACUGUUACAGAAAAACGUUGAUGAGACAUUCUUGGUUAGAGAUUGUUCAAAGAAGUCAAAGGCUGAACCAUAUGUUUUGGUUGUUUAUUAUGGAAGGAGAGUAUACAACAUUAAAGUACGUUUUCUGGAAGAAAGCCAACAAUACGCACUGGGAACAGGGCUCAGAGGAGAGAGUGUAAGUAAAAUCCCAUCUGUUGUUAUAGUCUAUAGCUUUUAUGUUGGACUUCACAAGUUCUUAAUAGCAAAUAUUAGUUACAAACUCUCCCACAUAACAAACUUGAUGUUUCAUUACAGUUUCUUUUACAUUACAGUUUCUUUCAAGUAUGUCUCAAGUUUCAAGGAGCUUCAACAUAAUAAUUUAAAACCAAAUUUUGCAUACCAUGCUCAAAUUCAGAUUUAAAUCAAGGUUAAAAUUUCCUAAGUACUUACAAUACUUCUACCUACUGUAAGUAACACCUGCAAAGUAAAAGGGAAAGAGAAGUUCUGCCUUUUCAGGUAUACAUAUUAUUUUAGCAUAUUUUUAAACUUGUGAUAGUUUAAGCAGGCAUUUUCAAAUAUAUACAACUCCACAAAUAUAUACAACUCCACAACUCCACCAGCAGGACCUGGUGCUGUGAAGCAAUAGGACAAGUUUUCAUGGAUAUUCAGAAGCAAUUAAAGCAUGUGAGUCCCCAGCAAUCAGUCUUUCAGAUAUGGUAAACUUCAAUUAGAAAAUCCCUUUAGACUAGUGAUGCCUUUUUAUGCAAUUAAAUUCAAUUAUAGUCAUGAUAGGAGUCUAAUUCUUACUCUACAUAUAUGGUUAAAUAAUAAACACUGUAUCUGCAAG